UUCUUGGGUGAGAUAUGGAUACGAGAUGAUCGGGUUUACGGGGUAUGUUGGUGGCAGAUGUGUUCGGUGGAAGAGAAGAGACGCGGUUCCUCGCUGGCAAAAGACGGAGACGAAGAGGGUGUUUCUCACCUACCUCCCUCGGACAGAGAUGGACACAAUAUCCUCACCACCACCACCACCUCUCCGCUCUCUCUCCAGCCGGAAAGGAAAUAGAGACAGUUCACCUCCUCCUGCACUCCUUGUUUAUCCAUCUGCCGAUCGCCGACGACCGACCUCGGAGCAACGAAUAUACCUCACCUGCAUCUGCAUCCUCACGACUCGCAGCUCACAUGCUCACUCGGAAGGAUUCACCUCGCGUGUGCAUCGGGGCAGACCCAGCUCAGCUCACACAGGGCAGGAUACGCAGUGAACAUCCUGUCUGUCUGGCUGUCUCAUCUCGUCGUGUCUGGAUAUAUGUCGCACAACGUGCGUCACACGGGGCCUCCGAGUCGUUCGUCGGGUGAGAGGGAGGGAUGGAGGGGAUAAAGAGGAUGAGGUGCUCGAGUACGUACAUACAGUAUGUGUUCAUAUGAAUCCAACAUCUCCG